AUGGUGCGAGGAGGUGCUGACCAAGCUGUGCUUGUUAAAAGCAUCGAAAAGCUGGACCAAUCAACCUUCGCAAAAUGGCGCAGUUAUCUGCAGCUGAAAAGUCAGAUAUACACGGCGUAUGCUUACGCGUUUUUGGGUGAAAAUUUGCUGUCAGAAGAUCGAUGUGGCGAGGCUGUUCGAGCUUGCAAGGAAGGCAUUUCUUGUUUUGAUAUUGCAAUCGACAUCGUUAGCAAGUACUCGAAUGCUACCGGCCCUGGUCUGAGUGCGAAACCCGAAUCCCAUCUUUUUUUUCGUCGUAUUCGGCCGCUACUAGAGCGACAUAUGCAGAAAGCUGAGCGUGAAAAUGGUUUGAUAUAUCACCAGAAAGUACCAGACAUAUGUCCUGAACCAGAAGGGAAACCUACAUUUGGUUUGGUUGAGGCGGAACCGUUUAUUUUACCUCCUGUCAGCCCGGUCAGUUCCAGUUUCUGA